ACAACAACAUUAUUAUUUUUAACAACCGAUACAUUAUCAAUAUAUUUGAAAAUUAUAAUCGGAAUUAUAUUAGUUAUUGUUAUAUUAAUAUCAAUAUUUGGUAAUAUACUUAUUUGUGUUGCAAUAGCAUCGGAUCGUCGUUUAAGACGUUUAGGUAAUUUAUUUCUUGUUUCAUUAGCCAUUGCUGAUCUUUGUGUUGGUGCAUUAGUAAUGACAUUUGCAUUAGCUAAUGAUCUAAUGGAAUAUUGGCCAUUUUGGCCACAAUUAUGUGAAAUAUGGAUUGCAUUCGAUAUUAGUUGUAGUACAUGUUCGAUUAUAAAUCUAUGUGCAAUUGCAUUAGAUCGUUUUGCUCAUAUAAAAGAUCCAAUGCUUUAUAAUCGUUGGAUGAAUAAACGUAUUGUUAUUAUUGCCGUAUCAAUAAUAUGGAUUCUUUCUGGUUUGAUAUCAUUUUUACCAAUAUCAUUGGGUUGGCAUAAACCAUUACCAUCUACAUCAAUGGUUAUGGAUCGAAUCAAUGAUACACCAUUACCAUCAUCAACGACAACAAUGAUGACAAUCAUUGAAUCAAAUUUUGAUUAUGAUGAUAGAAUUGACGAGAAAUUUUCCCUGAAACGAAAACAACAUCGAAGAUCAAUCGAUCAAUUUGAUUAUUUAAAUCCAAUAUUUUUACAAUUAUUUCGUCAACAACAAAUGGAAAAUAUUUCCAAAAUUGAAACAAUUGCCCGUGUACCUUCAUUCGAAUUACCUGUAUCAAUAUUUGUUGAAAAUGAACAACAACAACAGCAACAAAUUUCUGCCGAAUUUGAUGAUGAUGAUGAUGAAAUUGAUAAAGAUUUGGAUCAACAACAACAACAACAAAUGAUUUUCGUUUAUUCACAAAAUCAACUGAAUAAUGAAAAUUUUGAUCAAAAUUCAUUACCAACAUUAAAUUGUUUGAAUGAUGAUUGUGAUUUGGAAUCAUCAUCAUCCACAACAACCGUAACAUUAACGGAAUCAGAAUUGCCAGAAUCAUUGACAGAAUCAGCAGAGACAGAAGAUUCAGAAUUUGCAGAAUCAAAUCAACAUGAACAACAAUGGCCACAAUGUGCAUUAGAUUUAACACCAACAUAUGCUGUGAUUAGUUCUUGUAUUAGUUUUUAUUUACCAUGUUUAAUUAUGUUGUGCCUAUAUGCUCGUCUUUAUUCUAUUUGUAAACAUCAUGUUAAAACAAUCAAAUCAAUGACAAAAAAUUUAAAUCAUCAUCAACAUCAACAUCAAAGUCAUGUAUCCGAACAUAAAGCAGCAAUAACAUUGGGUAUUAUAAUGGGAACAUUUUUGGCUUGUUGGAUGCCAUUUUUCUGUAUGAAUAUUGUUGCUGCAUUUUGUAAAACAUGUAUUCCAGCUUCGGUAUUUAAACUGCUAACAUGGCUUGGUUAUUUUAAUAGCUGUCUGAAUCCGGCCAUUUAUAGUAUAUUCAAUACAGAAUUUCGUGAUGCAUUUCGACGAAUUCUUGUACGUUAUGUAUUUAGUUCGGAAACAAUGUCACAAACAUGUAAUCAUAUAUGUAAAAAUCCAUGUAGAUCAUCAGCAACAUCAGCAACAACAACAGCAGCAAUAGAUAAAAAACAAUCAUUAUCAUUAACAACAACCAAAAUAUUAAAUAUUGAUCAUGAAUCCGAACGAAAAAAUAUU